AUGGCACCUUCGCACUCAACGAGGUGGAUGCAAACCCACCGUCAAGCUCUUGGGAAGACGCCGCUCCGGGAUAUCUGCUUGCCAAGUUCGCACGACUCCGGCACGUACCGCCUCGAGUUUGGCACUACGGGAGGCGGAAAGGGUACCGUCCUUACCCAGACGAAGACCAUCUUCGAGCAGCUCGAGCUCGGGGUCAGGCGCUUCGACAUCCGUCCUACCCUUGCAAACAACCCUGCCCAGGGGUCUAAUCCAAAGUUCUCCUGGAACUGCGGGCAUUACACGCCAGAGGGCGCGGACAAAGUUGGCUGGCAGGGCGGCAGCUGCGCCCCGAUCGAUGAAGUCGUUGGCCACAUCAAUCGCUUCACUGAGAACAAUGCUGAGCUCAUCAUUGUUGACAUUACACAUGUUAUGUCGCUCUUGAUUACAGAUCUUCUGGUUAUAUCGCCUGCACAUUCCUUGCCAACUCCAUCUGAGAGUUGGGAUGUUCUUUUCUACAUCUUGAAAGGCAUCAACUGCUUGUUCCCUAUGAGCCGGGUUGGUGGCGACAACGGCAAGCCGCUCCAGGACUACACCUUGGACACUUUCAUUGGGGACGGAAAGGCUGCCGUCGUUGUCAUCAUCGAGGGCGAUAAGUACCGGGAAAGUCUCAUCGGCCACGGCUUCUGGCCACAGACGACGCCCAAGGGCGAGCCUUCUCUGGCUGUAAAAGAAAUGCCCGUCACCCGAAUGCAAGGAACGUUCGAAGCCAUCACGUCCCUGGUCCUGCCAGGUACUGCUGUUCUCAACCUUGCGGCCAAAAGGCAGGAGGAACGCUUCCCAUGGCUGCUCCAAGACAUCGCUAGGGACAGGCUCGAAGUGUCGGCGAUCUUAAUGGAUAAGAUUGAAAAUGCCGAUCUUCUCACGUUUUGCCUCGCAGUGACUCUUUGCCGCAAAAGAAGCGGCGACGAGAUUAUCAUUGUGUACGGAGGAAGUCUAGUGCCAAGCUCCUCCUCGGCCUACGCCAGCGUCCGCAGCGCUAUUGACCAGCGCAAUGGGAUCACUGCGAGCAACUCUCUAUUUUCAGAUACUUGGCAUGGCCUUCCGAAAUCUUGUGCCGUUUUCUAUAGGCAAGAUGAUAUCAUCAAGGGUCGUUGGGCUCGGGAGGGGGCCAGCCUUCGGUUUGAUGUUGAUAUCGUGAGCGCUCAUUAUGGCGGCAAGGACAUUCUCGACCGCAGGAUGUACUACAAACUUCUUCGGGCUCUAUGUGCUGAUGAGUCGAUUACGGUCAAUAACCAAUCCAUGGUUGGGACUGACAAGCGUGAUCCUAAGCCAGGCGUUGAGAAAGAGUGUAUCAUCAAAUAUCGUGCUGGUUCCCAAACUGAAACGAAGCCCUUUAAGGAGUAUACAAGUAUUCAGUUCUCCCGACGGUACGUUCAAUUGAUGUUUAAGACAUCGUACACUAAUAAGGAGAGGGGACAAGUGCUGAGUGCUGACGAGAUCGAAGGGUGGUUCGCGCCUGUCAGUGGAGACCUCCAGCUUGGCGGCCGGUACCAGGCUCAGGGCAAGGCAGGCGGAACUAUCGAGGAAUACAAUCCACUGGAGAGCUACCGCCUGGGUUGGGAGUCCAGGUCAGGGCCAGUCCCGUCGCGCCUCAAGCUCACUCACCUGGUCCCGGCCAGUGACCACUGGGACACGUUUGGCGCUGGAGCUGCCGGCGUGGGCUGGGACACGGCGUACCUGCACAAGAUAACGUUCGGCGAUGACUGGUUCAACGAGCAGCCCGGCAAGGACUUCCUCAAAGCCUGCAGUCAGAGCACAACCUUCUACGUGCCUUCGAGUAGCAAGAUGGGUUGA